AUGUCCGAGUAUUGGAAAUCGACACCAAAAUAUUGGUGUAAACACUGCAAAACCUAUGUUCGUGAUACGCCAUAUGAGCGCACUCAGCACGAAGCCACAGGCAAACACCAGGGAAGCUUAAAACGGUUUCUUCGCGACGUUCACCGCUCUCAAGAUGCCGACCAAAAGCAAUCGCAAAGAGCAAAAAAUGAAGUUGACAGGCUAAAAGGUCUUGUUGCGUCUUCACUGGGUACUGGCACGCCAGAAAAACCAGCACCAUGGAAACGUAGCAGCGUAGGCGCGAGUGGGACGUCGGCAUCGGCCAGCGUAAAUAAGGAACAAAGAAAAAAGCAAAUGGAGCAGCUAGCUGGGAUGGGUGUUGCGAUACCUGAAGAAUAUCGACCAGAGAUGGCUAUGGUUGGUGAAUGGACUACGGUUUCUGAGGCCCCCGUCUCGGAUUCGAUCGGUGCCAAUUCUGUCUUGGUGAAGGGCGUGAAGAGAAGGAAAGUUGAUGGCGAGGAGGAAGAUGAUGAAGAAAACCUUGGGCGCUCUGGAUCUGAACGGGCGCGCCCAAGGAAGGCCUGGGGCUCUACCUUCAAAAGCCAUACGGGCACUGGAGAAGAUGAUGAUGGUGAGCUCGACGCUUUGCUCAGUAUGACAACUCAAAUAGGUAAUAAGCGAACGAGAGUGAAGCCUGAGCCUCAGGACAGCCCUGUGAAGCAAGAGGAAAUCAGAGAAGCAGACGAAUCCGUCUCAAUGCCUGAAGAUGCAACUGUGAAGAUUAAACAAGAGGAUGAUAGUGAGCACAUUGUGCCAAAAGGUGGUACGCCGGAUAUUUCGGCGGGCCCCCCAGCCGAGUUUGUGGGAGAACCUACUCCAACGGUCAUAUUUAAAAAGCGUAAGCCAAAGCAGAAUAAGAAAUAG